AAUGGGGUUAAAAAAUGGAAAGCGGAAAUAUUCUAUCUUUAGGAGGAAGAGGUUAUGUGCGCUUUUGUGUUGUGUUCUUGUGCCGCCACGUGACCCUCAAUUGUUCUUCCCCGAUUAGCACGAGGCACGAUAAGAGAGUUGAAGAAAUUUGGAUAACUUUUGCAGAAAGAGAAGUGAAGGAACUAGAGACAGCUUGAUCUCAAGAACUGGAUCGUGGCUAACAUAAUCGAGGAGUCUGAUGGAGAUGAGGGCAAAGAUUGGCCCGCCGGUUUGUUAUCAUCAUUUGGUGGCUAUGGGAAUGGCGAUGUGAUAGUCUUCAAUGGAAGGGGGGUGGCUGUGCAGCACAAGACUAACUGGAUUAAGGAAGUUGAGGAGGUUCCUAAAAAAAAGAGGAAGUUGAGGAGGAAGUUAAUUGCACCUUUGUUCAUCAAAAUGACAGUAUGAUCGUGAUGCGAAGAAACAGAGUCUUACGGCUUCGAUGGAGUGCGCCUUCAGUCUAUCGUUUCACGCUUAAUGUUGACGGAAGUGUUAAAACAGGACUUAACAGAGCUGGAUUCGACGGUGUUAUGAGAAACAACACAAGAAAAUGGGGUUGGAGGUAUUAUGUGCAGAACGACAUAUGGGGACCUUCUCUUGUCGAGACAAGGGCUAUUGUUGAGUGUCUAAGUUGGGUGUGGCAGAAAGGUAUCCGUGACUUGGAGGUCCAAUCGGAUGCAAAGAACAUUGUCCAAUGGAUCCAAAAGAACUCAUUAGGGUGUGGUCCUAUUCGCCAAUGCAUCGAGAAAGCGAAAUGGUGGAUUAACAGGGAUUGGAGGAUUUCACUUCUGGUGGUCUACAGUGAACAAAACAAGGUGGCGGACUACCUUGCGUCGUUUGGAGCUCUUCAAGUGGAUGAGCGAAAGUUUGUUGAUGACCGCCCAAUAGUAAGCCAGGCAUAUCUUGAUGAUUUGGCGCAUAUCAAGAGGGCGCGUAGAGUGGUGGAGACAACAUAGUGUUUGGCUCUCCAGG